AUGGGAGAAGAUGAAAUUUUGCAGAUCGCAUCAAGUGAUAAAAAUGACCGACAUCGGAGUAAUAGUUUGCCUGGGAAAAGUACUAUUAAGAUUAAGCGCGGGAAGAAUACUACCAAGAAUCAAGGAAAAUCAACCGUCUCUACAUCGAGGGCAUCUCAUUCUUCUAUUCCACCAUUGCAUCCUCCUUCACAUGGCCCGUCGUCAAAGAGUAAAGAGAAAUCAACUAUAUCUACACCGAGUCCAUCACUUUCUUCCAUUCCACCAGUGCAUCCUCCUUCACAUGGCCCGUCAUCAAAGAGUAAAGAGAAAUCAACUGUAUCUACACCGAGUCCAUCACUUUUUUCCAUUCCACCAGUGCAUCCUCCUUCACAGGGGACAUCAUCAUUUUCACAUUGUUUUUAUGGUACCCUGCCUCCCCUAGGCUAUAGCUUGAUCUCUCCCCCGAGAUAUAGUCCGAUGCCUCUACAAGGCUAUUCCGGGAUUUCACCUACUGCACCUUUCUACAAUAUGCCUCCCCCAGGCUGUUCCUCGAUGCCUCCCUCUUAUAUAACUCCACCUGGAAUGCAUUCCGCUUACCUCGCUGCCAUGGAACGAUGUCCAUCUCCAGAGACUCAUUCGUCAGAGGCCACUCGAUCAGCCAGUCCACGCCUUUCUAGGCUAAAUGGUGGAUCGAGAAAUUCUGAGGCAUCUCCUAGCCGUUCUUCUACUCCGUCUUCAGUUGAUGGUCCAAAUCUUCCAUCACCUGGAAAGUUAGAUCAUCUACGGAGGGUGCGCAUCAUCGCUGAUGGAGAAGGGUUUUAUCCUUCUAGGCCAGCUGCAAAUGCAAUCUCAACAGCAAUACAAAAACUUUAUAGUGGUGCCUUCGCGACGUGGGGUGAAGUGCCGUGUCAUACGUAG